AUGAUGUUGGCUUUAGCUGCUAUUUAUGGCUGGUCUCUUAGCCACUUAGAUGUCAACAAUGCUUUCCUAUAUGGUGAUCUAGAAGAAGAGAUUUACAUGACUAUACCACCGGGCCUUGAGUUUGACAGACUUGCUGUUGAGGGGGCCACUCCUAACUCAACAUUAGUCUGUUUCUUUGGUAUAGUAGUCUAUGUGGAUGACAUUUUGCUGGCAACCUCAGAUCCACAAAUGACUGAGAAUUUCAAGGAAUUUAUGUCAAAUCACUUCAAAUUCAAGGAUUUGGGAGUGCCAAAAUACUUUCUUGGCAUUGAGAUUGCAAGGAAUAAAAAGGGAAUUCAGAUAUCACAUAGGAAAUAUGCUAUGGAUUUGAUCAAUGAUGCAGGACUUCUAGGCUGCAAACACUUAACAAUACCUAUGGAUCCAAUGAAGAAGUUGCAGUUAGAGUCUGGCCCUCUACUGGAAGAUCCAUCCAAGUAUAGAAGAUUGAUUGGAAGACUUUUAUAUCUGUGCAUCACUAGGCCGGACAUUACUUAUUCUGUGCACAAAUUGAGUCAAUAUGUGUCAAAACCAUGCAUAGAUCACUGGCAUGCAACUGAGAAAAUUCUGAAAUAUCUGAAAAGAACACCAGGCCAUGGACUGUUCUUUUCCAGCAGCAGCAAGCCCAUGUUGAGUAUAUUUUCAGAUGCGGAUUGGGCAGCAUGCCCAGAUACAAGGAAGUCUAUGACUGGAUAUUGUUUAUUCCUUGGUAAUUCUCUGGUUACAUGGAAAGCCAAGAAGCAAAAUACAAUCUUUAGAUCAUCGGCUGAAGCAGAAUAUCAAGCCAUGGCACAAGCAACUUGUGAAGUUGUGUGGGCUAGAACUUUGCUUGAAGAAUUUGGAGUAAAGACUAAGAAAACAGUGCCUCUUUACUGUGAUAAUCAAUCGGCUAUCUAUAUAUGCUCUAAUCCAGUUUUUCAUGAAAGAACAAAGCAUAUAGAGAUUGAUUGUCACGCGGUUAGAGAAAAGUUCAUGCAAGGCAUUGUUAAGCCUUUACAUGUCAGGAACAAUCUUCAAAUUGCAGACAUUUUCACUAAACCAUUGGGAGAAACGGCCUUUCAAUCUAUACUAGACAAGAUGAACUUCAAUAGCUUGUAUAGUCCAUCUUGA